AUGGAGACAGCAGACAUGGACAAGAUGAACAAGCGGGCGCGCAGGCCCCUCAUACGCAAGGAGGUCGAGGAGUGGGUAGCUACCGCAAAGAAGGAGGGACUGUAUGGCCACCGUGACGGUGGGUUAUACCCAGAUGAUCACGGAAACCUCAUGGCCGUGGUGAACAAGUUCGUCAAGUUUGGGGUAUCUUGGGAAAGCAUCGGCCGGAUCACAAACGCUCCCAUUUCAUUCAGAACAAACCGCAAGAUUAAGUCUGGUGUAACGUACACUUUGCACGUUGGCUACCUUUGCUUUUUUUUUCAAAUAUCUACCGGUCUGUCAACUCGACAGGUGAUGGCGUGA